AUGUCCCAGAAUCUGGCACUCUACUACAAGAAAAUCCCUCAGGGAUACCCCGUCCCCGGGGAGGACAUCGCCCUCGAGCCCGUUCCCUACGAUGCCAAUACACCUGCUCCCGAUAACGGUGUGGUCCUACAGUCCCUCUAUGCUAGCUUCGACCCCUAUAUGCGUGGGCGCAUGCGUAGCCCCGAAAUCAAAUCAUACUCGCCUGCCUACGAACUCAACACACCGAUUCCAACUGCCGUCAUUGCCAAGGUGCUCCGCUCCAACAAUGACAAAUACAAGGAGGGGGACACCGUUCUCGGCUUUGUCCCCAUCCAGCAGUAUAUCGCUCUGGACGCCAAGCAGAUCGCCUUCAUCCGUCCUCUGGAGAACCCUCUGGGUAUUGAGGAUAUCCGCAACUUCCUGGGUGCCUUGGGUAUGCCGGGCCUGACUGCCUACUCGUCCCUAUACGAUAUCGGAAAGCCCCAGAAGGGUGAGACGAUUUUUGUUUCAGCGGCAAGUGGUGCCGUCGGCCAGCUGGUUGGACAGCUGGCGAAGCAUGAUGGUCUCAAGGUCAUCGGCAGUGUCGGUUCGGACGAGAAGCUAGAAUACAUCAUCAAGGAGCUGGGCUUCGACGGUGGAUUCAACUAUAAGAAGGAGAAGCCCGCAGAUGCCCUGUCUCGUCUGGCCCCCAAUGGGAUCGAUAUCUACUAUGAGAACGUUGGAGGAGAGCAUUUAGAGGCAGCCCUGGAGGCCAUCAACGACUUCGGCCGCAUCGUUGUUUGCGGCAUGAUCUCCCAAUACAACUCGGCUCCCUACCCUAUCACGGGUAUAGACAAAGUGCUUCGCAAGCGCUUGACUAUGCGCGGAUUCAUCGUCAGUGAUGCGGGAAUGGGCGACAAGUACACCAAGGAGCACCAGGAGAAAGUCCAGAAGUUGAUCAAGGAGGGCACCUUCAAGACCCGGCUCCACGAGACGGUGGGUAUCGAGAAUGCCGCCGAGGGGCUUGUGGGUAUUUUCUAUGGAAAGAACAUGGGCAAAGCGAUUUUGAAGUUCUAG